AGUUUAACCUUGAUGCAACGAAAAACAUAAAACUAUUAAUCAAGAUGCAAAGAAUGUUGAUACUGUUGGUGCUCGGAUAUUUGAAUGUGAAUGCAAACUUUCAACUUAAUGAUUACAGCGACCAUCCAUGUAUACGUCCAUGCGGUAUCAAUACUAGAAAGACUUGCGAAUAUACGUUUACUUUAGAAUAUUACUAUACUUUGUCGAAAGCAUGUUACGACUGUCCUUUUAACGUGUCUGAUUGCAGUAGACCUCAUUGCGUUCCUGCUGAUGGAUCACCACGCCCAAUUCUUACAGCUAACAGGAUGUUACCUGGACCUGGAAUUCAUGUGUGUCUCAACGAUACAAUAGUUGUUAACAUAAUAAACCACUUACUGGGAGGUGAGGGAGUUUCAAUUCAUUGGCAUGGCAUACAUGUUCCGCCACAUAUGGAUGGUGUGGCGAUGUUGACACAGUGUCCUAUUCCUGAAUACUCAUCAUUCCAGUACAAAUUCCUGGCUGUCACUCCUGGUACACACUACUGGCAUUCUCAUGCGGGCAUGCAAAAUGCAGAUGGUUUAUUUGGACCUCUUAUUAUUCGAGAGCCACCAGAAAAAGACGAGCAUUUAGGGAGAUAUGAUGUUGAUCAACCAGAAUUCACGGUUCUAAUUAAUGAUUGGUUUAUAGACAUGAUGCCUGGACAGUUAUCGUCUUUGCUUCAUCGUACCGGGGGUGUUUUAUCAGAUUCCAUGCUUAUUAAUGGUAAAGGAGCUUACCACAAAUAUAUGAGAGAUAAUACUACAGUGUACACGCCAUAUGAAGUUUUCAAUGUUCAACUUGGACGAAGGUACCGUUUUAGAGUAAUCACAAAUAGUUUGAAUACAUGUCCUAUAUUAUUUUCGAUAGACAAUCAUAAUUUAACAGUGAUUGCCAGUGACGGGUCUCCGUUAGAACCCUACACUGUAGACUCGAUAGUAUUGUACUCUGGUGAAAGAUAUGACAUUAUUGUUCAUACUAAUCAAGAUAUUAGAAGUUACUGGAUGCGAACAUCAGGAAUGUUACUUUGUGGAACCUUAAAAGCGUUUCAGCUUGCUGUUGUUAAAUACGAAGGAGCGUCUGAUGAAGAACCUAUUGGAAAUAAAGAAUGGAACGUAGAAUCUCACGGUAUUCAACUUGAUCCACUGAACACAAAGACAGCAGAUGGCUUCGUUGAUAUAUCGCAGCUCAAUUCAACGAUACCCAAUGAUGAAUCCCUUAAAGAAGUUCCAGAUAGAACUAUCUAUCUCGGUUAUGACUUUAAUAUAAUAGACAAUUUCCGAUCACACGACAAGGACCUAUACAGUGUUCAUGAAGUAGAUGCGCCCUUUAGAAGAUUUACACAACAAAUUAACCAUAUAUCAACGGUGUUCCCUCCUUCACCUGCUCAAACGCAGUACUCGGACAUUCCGAGAGGUCUUUUUUGUAACGAAGAUUCCAUAAAAGCAAACUGUACUCGUGCAUUUUGUCAGUGUGUCCAUGUUAUUGAAAUUGGAUUAGGAGAAGUAGUAGAAAUCUUUUUAGUGGACGAAGGUGCCACUUUCAAUACGAACCAUCCUUUUCAUCUACAUGGGAACUACUUCAGAGUUAUUGCUCUUGAUAAGCUUAAUACAUCAACAACGAUAGAGGAAGUCAAGGAGUUGGAUGCAAAGGGUAUGAUUCAUAGAAAACUUGAUAAAGCUCCGUUGAAGGAUUCAGUAAUGAUUCAUGAUGGCGGAUUCACCGUUCUAAGACUGCAUGCAAAAAACCCAGGUUUUUGGUUCUUUCAUUGCCACUUCCAAACACAUACCGAGAUGGGUAUGGGUCUUACCUUACAAGUUGGAACACCAAGUCAACAGCCGAAGGUUCCGAGAAAAUUUCCAAAAUGUGGACCUUGGGUAUAUGAAGGAUAUGACGAAGAGGGACAACAGUCAAAAGAUUGUCCAACAAAUAAGGAAAGCAGAGUUAUGAUGUCUUACGUUGUACAGUUCAUAAUGUUUUAUACUAUCAUGUUACUAUACUAA